AUGACUACCUCAUGCGCACGAUGGCGACCAAGGCAGCUGGGACUCAUCUAUACGCAAAUAUCAGACGAUUUCCUUCCAGACAACUGGCAAACGACACAGUCUGCUUCGAUCUCGAAGGGUUCAGAAGACGCGACCUCUGCCACAGACGAACCGGUCAUCGACGCUCCGCUCGAGCCCCUCGUCUGCGACGACACGCACUCCCUCUUCGACACGGCCUUCACGAACGACAUGCACAAGUUGGACCCGGUCCUCGCGCGCACCAAAGAAUGCUUCACCUCUAUGGAGCCCAUCUCAUCCCCGGGCACGAGCGACCCCCCCAACACACAUACACCCGCCGCAGACCCGACCGACCCCAUUGGUCCCACCCCCGAAUGGCCGGUCUGGCGGCCUCCCUACCGCGGCGCUCCCGAGCGUCGCCUAUACCCGACUCCGUCAGCCAUUGCGAAGACCCACAACAACGGCACCCUCCUCGCCGAGCUUUCCGGUGAGGAGGCCUUCUGGACCAAGCCUAUAUCUCACCCGACUCUGUAUGCCAUCGCGAAGACCAACCCCGAGGGGUCGCUCCCGACUGGGAGCGACCUUGCGAACCUUCAAAGGAUCACCGCCGCCAGUCGUCGUCGGGACGCGUACCUCUCCGCGCUCUGCCUGCGUUUCCCGCCGUGCAAAUGA